CCCUUUCUCAAGCGGAGGGAGGAUCUCUGCCUCGCCUCCUCCCUUCCCCUCCCGCCCCGGCUGCUCCCUCCCCGUGGGGCGCAGGGAGGCGAGCCCGCCCGGGAUGCCAUGGCUCCGCCGGGCUCCGCGCUGCCCGCCUGCCUGCUGGGGCUGCUGCUGCUCGCCUGCCGCGGAGAUUUCGGCCGUUCCUCCGAGCUGGCGUUCGUGGUGGAGCCCAGCGACGACAUCGCGGUGCAGGAGCAGCCCUUGAUCCUCUACUGCCAGGUGGAGGGCAUCCAGCCCAUCACCAUCACGUGGCGGAAGAACGGCGCGAUGAUCGUGGACAGCGAGAACGCCUUCAUGUUGGCCAACGGCUCGCUCUACGUCUCCCGCUUCCAGAGGGUCCGCGGGGACGGGUCCUCGGACGAAGGCGAGUACGACUGCAUGGCGCAGAACCACUACGGGCUGGUGGUGAGCAGGAAAGCCAAGAUCCAGGCAGCCACAAUGUCCGAUUUCCACAUCCACCCGCAGAACGCGGUGGUGGAGGAAGGGGGUGUCGCGAGGUUCCAGUGCCAGAUCCACGGCCUGCCCGAGCCCGUCAUCCUCUGGCACAAGAACCGCAUGCCGGUCAACACGGACAACGAAAGGUACACGCUGCUUCCCAAGGGGGUUCUCCAGAUUACGGGGCUGAGGGCAGAGGACAGCGGGAUUUUUCACUGCGUCGCUACCAACAUUGCUAAUGUGAAAUUCAGCCGGGAGGCCAGGCUCACUGUGUCAGGCUCCCACUCCACUGUUUACAAGGACCCCAUGAUUCUCGUCGGACCGGAGAACCUCACGCUGACGGUGCACCAGACCGCGGUGCUGGAGUGCAUCGCCACCGGCAAUCCCCGGCCCAUCGUCUCCUGGAGCCGCCUAGACGGCCGCCCGAUUGGCGUGGAGGGGAUCCAGGUGCUGGGCACAGGAAAUCUCAUGAUCUCGGACCUCACCGUGCAGCAUUCUGGCAUCUACGUGUGCGCCGCCAACAAACCCGGCACGCGGGUGCGACGGACCGCGCAGGGCAGGCUCGUGGUGCAAGCCCCUGCGGAGUUCGUGCAGCACCCCCAGUCCAUCUCCAGGCCCGUGGGGACCACUGCCAUCUUCACCUGCGUGGCCCAGGGGGAGCCCCCGCCGCAGAUCACUUGGCUGAGGAACGGGCAGAUCCUGGAGACCAGCGACCACAUAAAGCUGAAGAAUAACAACAGCACCCUCUCCAUCUACGGGAUCAACCAGGCGGACGAGGCCAUCUACCAGUGCAUCGCCGAGAACAGUGCCGGCUCCACGCAGGCCAGCGCCCGCCUGACGGUGCUGUGGGCGGACGGGCUGCCGGGGCCUCCGCAGGCCGUGAAGGCUGAGACGGUGUCUGCAACCACCAUCCAGGUGUCAUGGAAGGAGCCCCUCCAGAACACCAAGGAGAUCAUCGGCUACGUGCUGCACAUUCGGAAAGCUGCAGAUCCCGUGGAGAUGGAGUAUCAGGAGGCUGUUAGCAAGAGCACCUUCCAGCAGCUGGUGACUGAUUUAGAGCCCUCGACCAGCUAUAGCUUCUAUAUAAAGGCUUACACCUCCCGCGGUGCCAGCAAGGCCUCAGAAGUCACAGUGGUGAGCACGCUGGGAGAAGUCCCGGCCAUGCCGUCCCUCUUCAUUAAAGUCAUUAACAGCACUGCUGUCCAGGCCACGUGGGAGCCCUCCAUCAAACUGGGCCAGCACGAAGGCUUCAAGCUCUACUACCGCAAAGUCCACCUCUCCCAGUACACGGGUCCGGUGCUACUGGCCAGCAACAUAACGGCGUACAACAUUACCCACCUGGAUGCGUCAGUGGUGUACGAAGUCAAACUCCUCGCCUACAACCAGCACGGGGAUGGGAAUUCAACUGUCCGCUUUGUGUCCUUGAGGGAAACCGUGGAGAGGACAGCGCUGAACCCCCCCUGUGACUGCAUGAAGGACGAGCAGAACAAUAAAACCUCCACGACUGGUAUCAUCAUUGGCAUCCACAUUGGCGUCACGUGCAUCAUAUUCUGCGUCCUUUUCCUCAUGUUUGGGUACAGAGGAAGGCUGCUGAUGUGUAAAAACGUGCAGGAGCAGCUGUCGACCCCGCAGAUCCCGAGGAGCCAGAGGAGCGCCACGGGGCUUGUUCUGAACGGGGCCGCCCGCAGGGACAGGGACGAGCGGGACUUGAACGGGAAGCAGCUGGAUAUGAACGAGCUGGAGAGGUUAUUCCCAGCAGCACCCUGCCAGGAGCAGCAGGACAAGGGAACAACGCCGGCUCACAGCCCUCCUUCCACCCACGACGACACCCAGAUAUCCACGCUGCCCUUGGACGAGUUCAGCAUCAUCGAGGAGCAGCCAGAGCCUCCCCAAAAAAGCCCCUGCGGCGGCAGCCCCGCGGCUCCGGCCCCCCACCCCAUUCCCACCCAUGAAGGAUAACCUGCCAAGGCUCGAACCCUCGUGGAGGAGCUACCAGAAACCAAAACCGCGGCUGGCGACGUCUUUACGAUGAUUUCCUCAAUCUCAGGUCAAUUGAAGAUUUCUACGGUCUGAUUGUUAUUUUUUUGUUUUGCUUUAUUUUUUUAUAUAUAUAUAUAAAUAUAUAUAUAUAUGUGUGUGUAUACAGCCUUUUGGAAACUCUGUGAAGUUUGUCAUUCCGACCUGUCUCAGGCCUCUUGGUGCGUUUCUUUCGACGAUGGCUUUAUCAAGGCUGGUCACGAUUGAUUUUUCCCGCUGCUGCUAAGUCAAAGACUCCCUGGCAGAGUCUGGCAAACUCUCCCGUCCCUGACGUUUUUGGGGAUACAGUGGAGCCUCGUCCUCUUGGCAUCACAGACUUCUUCCUGCUCAGCAGCUUUAGGACUACUUUUGGGAUCUAUUUUUUAUUUUGAGAAGGCUGGAUUCAGAGAAACCCUUCGAACUUGACUCCAAAAAUCGAGGCCUGGGAAGGCCGUCUUUCCAUGGAUUUGAUGAUUUUGUACACUUUUGCUAUUUCUCAGGAUAUUUUUUUCUGAAUGACUCUAUAUAAUAUGGAAAAAAAUAAGAAAAAAAAAAAAGAAAAAAAAUCAAAAAAAGAGUGUGUCAAAGGAGGCCUGCCUGAGGGCUACUGAAAGACUUGGACAAACAACCCGAGUGAAAUCAGAACCUACCUCAACCGGAAUGAAUGUCUUCUGGGGAGCAGAAAUGCCUGCGUCUUCCUUCGCGUUCAGAAACAAGUAGUGGAGCACUUGGUCAGUACAAGCUUGGUCCUACCUCAGCAGUCACGCUCCGUACCUGCCGCGUUGUUGUUUUUGUUGUCGUCGUUCCCGUGUAAAGCACUUCCAAACCUUGAAAGCAAUGUUCUACCUCAAGCGUGAUAGAAAUUCGUGUGUGUGCGCCUCCCCCACCCCCAAAUCCUGCCUCCUCCACCCGGCCCCGUGCCAAGGCGGCGGGCUGGCAUCCGGCAGCGCUUGCGCUAACGCCUCGCUGGUCGCAUGAGCUUUACUUGUAGGCACGGUGGGAUUUCGCCGGGUGGAGAUUCGUAUCCUGGUUUUUACUUUAAAGACUGUUGGGGCCAUGAUGGAUGCGUGGCUGCUGGUGCCCCGUGGCUUUCUGGCUCCGUUGCUCUCGCAGGAUGGAACCAGGCUCCCAGCCCCAAAUGCCUGCCUUGGCCCGUCCUGGGUGCGUUUGGGCUGGGUGCUUGGGUCUCUUCUGUGCCAGGCCCAGGGCACCCUGUGCCCCAUUAGCUUGCCGCCCUCAAGGCCGAUUCCCCCAGGACGGUUUAUGGCGUGUGCCAGCACCACGAGGCACCCCUGCGAGCUGGGAACCCCGACGUCACCGUCUUGUCCCUUCAAAGCCCACCCUGCCGCCAGGAGCUCUUCAUGGAAACCCUGACCCAGCACUUCCAGACCCCGCUGAGAUGCAGCUGAGCUCCUCCAGCGUAUUCUCAGCCAGCAGGGCUCAUCCCCGGGUGGGCAUGGCCAAAGGAUGGGCACAACCUCUCCGGGCUCUCUUCUCCACGGAGGACGAGGCAAGGAGGGGAGCUCCUGGGCAGUGAUGCAGGACAGGAUCCAAUGCUGGAGGACGCUGGGGGCUGCCGGCAGCCACCCACGCCCAGGGUGGGCAGAGGGGCUCCCGACACCAAAGAGAGGUUUUGUGCGUGGCCCCCACCAACCCCCCGCCGUUUUGGGGUUGUCCUGGCACGGAGCAGCCCGACGAGGCCUCGUGAGUUGGUGUGUGAGCGAUGACAUCCGUGGGGUGAGAUGGGGGCACGCACAGGGGGCGGGGAUGUCUGCCAGGCAGAGGGCAGACAAUUCCCCCCAACCCCGUGUGGAUUCGUUAAAACCGGACAAAUGUGAAGGUCCGAACUCCUUGUGGAGGUGGUGGUACAUCAGACGUCGCCGUAUUUGCAAAGAAAGGAAUCAGGAAAGGAAAUGAGUUUAAGUUUAAAAGAAAUGAUAAUUGUAUUUUUUUAAAUGGUACCAGUGGGAGGGUCCCGUGUGUCAGAAACAUCCCCCAUCACCUUCACGUUUGGCAACGGGAUGCUAAUUAUGUAAAUAAUGCGAUAUACAGGAUGGUAAGGAAAACGUCACGUCCCAUGUGCUGCGUCCUGGGGCUGGGCUGGGGACGGCUGGGGGGGCUGGAUGCGAGCAGGACUCUGUGCUUCCAGGUCAGAUUUGUGCAUUAAUCCCCCACGUAGCCCCUCCGCCAGCCCGAAUCCUGCUCACAUCAGCCACGGAGGACGUGGAUGUGCGAUGCUGGGUGCGGGGAUGGCGUGCGAAGGGUGCCAGUGCGGCGUGGGGCAGGCAGGCAGGAGGAGGAGAUGCCCGCAGCUCCAGCCUGCGGUGCUCACGGCCAGGAGGGUUUCAUUUUUGCAGAUCCAUCAGCUUUUUUUUAACCCUACCCGAAGUUCUUGCUGUGAUUCACAACCCCUCCGUUGACCAACCCAACUGGCCGAAGGCGCGGAGUCUGGGUUUCAUCAUGUUUGGCCAAGGACCGUAGGCUCAGCUCGCUCCUGGCCCCCAGGCAUCGAGACGGGGACAGAGCUGAGCCCCAUCUCCCCCAUUCUGGGUCCUGACCUCACGCCGCAGCACCCCAAAUCUCCUCCUCCCACCCUGCUCCCGGCCCCGCCACGCGUUUCGUGCCGUUGUCUUCGUGCGGGACGGCGGAGCUCACGUCGGAUAAGUACUGUUGCCAAAGUGAACACAUGAUGUAGAGUAGCUUUCAGCUCAGAGUCCCUGGAGCUGUGAACAUGCUAUUAAUUUAAUAUCAUAUUAUUGUGAUAUUGUAAUAGUAACAAGUAUUUGUCACUACUUCCUUUUAUUAAAGGGAAAUGCUGUGCCAUUUGACUAGCUGAAAUACGAUAGUAUGUCGAGAGUAGACCUUUUUUUGUUUUUUUAAUAAUUAUACAGAAAUGUAAUGGCUUGAACCAAUGCAGAUUAUGGGUUGGUUUGAGACGCUUGAAGAUGGAUGUGAAUCUUUAAAGACUAUUUUUAGACGUUUAGCUUUUCCUCUUUUUGGGGUUUCUUUUACACUCUUGUCAAUCCGUUACCGCUGGGACCGAUCCACAGGUGUUUGCAGCAGGGCAGCCCCGAAGGGCUGAGGCUGGAGGGGGAUGCAACCUUCCCUGAAUUAUCGAAACCUCUCAAGUCUGCAAAAUUGGGGA